AUUAAAUAAAAAAACUGAAAAAUAUAAAAGGAAAUCCUCUCUCUCUUCCCGCACAGAACCGAGCAUGGAAAAAGCUCUCUAACCCCUACCAUUCUUCUCUCUCUAAAAUCGCAAAGCACACUCUAAAAGGAAGACCUGAAACCCUAGUUUCUGUUUCUUGCUACUGAAGUAUCGAAUGUCGCUGAUUUGAAUCCGUGAAAUGUGCUUUUUGGAAAACGAUUGAUCGAGGAACAGAGCCAUUCAAUUAAGGAUUUAGUUUUUGAGAUUCAUAAUUACAGGCUUGAUUUUGAUGAAGAAAAUUCAUCAAUGGCAGAGGAUUCUGAUCCUCUCUUUGCUUUGUUUUACUGUCCUCGCUCCUCUCCUAUUCGUCUCCACUAGGCUCAAAAACUUCACUCUCAUCGGGCGGAAAGAGUUCUUAGAAGAUUUAUCAGCUUUUAAACCUAAGAGGGAUGCUGGAAUACUUCACGCAAUUGAGCAGGAAGCAGGUGAAGACUUGAGAGAGCCAAAACUACUUGUUUACGAACAGAAUGAGUUAGGUUCUGUAGUUACUAAUAGUUCCACUGAUGAUUCUAAACGUUCUGAAAAUACUGGGGACACAAGUCAUGAAUCAAUGCAAUCUGAAAAUGCUGGACACUUAACCAGUCCCUUGCAAAUUUUAGGAAGCAGACAUGAAAGAAUAGAGGAAAGAAAUCAUAUUCAAAAGGAAACAAUACCAUCAAAGUCAGAUAAAGAGAUACGAAGAUCCAAUCAAACAGUCCCUCUUGAUCUUAAAGCAAGGGCUUCGAGGCAAAAGGCAACGGAUGAGAAGGUAAAGGAGAUGAAAGAUCAGCUGAUUAGAGCCAAAGCAUACUUGAGUUUUGCACCGCCUGGUAGUAAUUCUCACUUAGCAAAAGAGCUGAGAUUACGUAUUAAAGAACUAGAACGAGCUAUGGGUGAAGCCACAAGGGACAAAGAUUUACCGAAGAGUGCACCGCAGAAAAUGAAAGCCAUGGAGGCUUCCUUGUCCAAAGCCAGUCGAGUUUAUCCACAUUGCUCCUCUAUGGCCACAAAACUUCGUGCCAUGACUUAUAAUGCUGAAGAACAAGUUCGAGCACAGAAGAACCAAACCACAUUUCUGAUUAAUCUUGCUGCAAGGACUACACCAAAAAGCUUUCACUGCCUCUCUAUGCGGUUGACAUCUCAAUACUUUGCCCUAUCACCAAGGGAGAGGCUGUUUCCUAACCAAAAAAGAGUUCAUGAUCCAGAUUUCCAUCAUUAUGUUGUUUUUUCUGACAAUAUUCUGGCUUGUGCGGUUGUUGUGAAUUCCACGAUCUCCUCAGCCAAGGAUGCAAAGAAGAUUGUUUUGCAUAUAGUGACUGAUUCUCUCAACCUCCCAGCAAUCUCCAUGUGGUUCUUAUUGAACCCUCCCAGCAAAGCUACAAUUCAUAUCCAGAGCAUGGAUAAUUUAGGAUGGUUGUCAACCAAGUAUAAUUCAACAAUAAAGCAGAAGAACACUUAUGAUCCAAGAUAUUCAUCUGCACUGAACCACCUUCGUUUCUAUCUACCAGAUAUCUUCCCUUUGUUGAAUAAGAUUGUGUUUCUUGACCAUGAUGUGGUGGUUCAAAGAGAUCUAACAGGACUUGGGAGUCUGGAUAUGAAAGGCAAAGUAAAUGGAGCAGUAGAAACUUGUCAGGAAGAGGAUGCUUCAUUUCGCCAGAUGGAGAUGUUUUUCAAUUUCUCAGAUCCAUUUGUGACAAAAAGGUUUGAUGCCAAGGCAUGCACCUGGGCAUUUGGAAUGAAUUUGUUUGAUCUGAAAGAGUGGAGACGGCAAAAUUUAACUGCCCUCUACCAUAAAUACUUGCAAGCGGGUAAGAAGAGGCCAUUGUGGAAGGCUGGGAGCUUACCACUGGGUUGGGCAACCUUCUAUAAUCAGACAGUUGCUUUAGACCGGAGAUGGCAUAGACUAGGACUAGGUUAUGAGUCAGGCAUUGGACUAGAUGACAUUGAUCAAGCAGCGGUGUUGCACUACGAUGGAGUCAGGAAACCAUGGUUGGAUAUUGGUAUUGGGAUUUACAAGCGUUACUGGAGCCAAUAUGUCAACUAUGAUCAUCCAUACUUACAGCAGUGCAAUGUCCAUGAGUAAUUCAAAUCAGAGUAUCAUCCCUGCACGAUGUCAUAUUAUUGGUUGCUUCUAAUUCGAGGAAGCCUAUGCAUUUGCUUGAUUCUUUUAGCAAUUUCUCUUGUACAUUUCCAUUUUUUUUACUCCUAAACCGGCUGUAAUCUUGUAGUAGCUGAUGCUGAGUGAAGUUAUACGGACAACUGAACUCAAAUAAGGGUCUCAGGGCAGGGGGCAUAUUCAUAUUCUGGUAGUUAGUGUGUACAUAACUCAAUUCAGGUAUUUGGUUUAGAUUCAAACGCAUACAUUUGGAAACAAGAUUAAUGAGUAGUAUAUAUAUAUAUUUUUUGCCGCA